GUAGCUGCUUAAAUUUCUUGUUUUGUAGAUAACCGACCGGAAGGCGUAAGUUUUCAUGGAAGACCACGAUUUUAACGAAGACACAAUGUUUUCGAGUUUGAAAUAUUGGUUUCGACUAAUAGCAGGAGGUCUUUGCUUGCCUUUUCUUUUUCCAUGGCUAGUAUAUCAGCUGUACAAUUCCCAUUUCAGAAAUAAAGUUCAUCGUGAUCAAUCUUUACAUGACAAAGUCGUGUUAAUUACAGGAGCAAGUUCAGGUCUUGGAGAAGCUCUUUGUCAUGCAUGUUUCAAAGCUGGUUGUAAAGUGAUCCUAGCAUCUAGACGUAAAGAAGAACUUGAGAGAGUAAAAAAGGACCUCAUACACUCAAAGACGUUUUCAUCCCUAGCAAUAUUACCCUCGAUGAUAAAAGCAGGAGAAGGGUACAUCGUUUCUGUCAGUAGUAUCCAGGGGAAAAUAGCUAUUCCAUUUCGUUCUGCCUAUGCAGCUUCAAAACAUGCCACCCAAGCAUUUUUUGAUGUCCUGAGAUCAGAACUCGAAGGUACAGACAUUCAUGUAUGUGUUGUUAGUCCGGGUUACAUAAAGACUAACCUUUCACUAAAUGCUCUUCAGAGUGAUGGCUCUAAGUAUGGAGUCACUGAUCAAACUACAGCAGAAGGAAUGGACCCUUUAGAAACUGCAGAUCUUAUACUCAGUGCAGUAAUAUCGAAACAAGAUGAUGUCAUUCUUGCACCAAUGACGCCAAGGCUGGCUGUUGUUUUGCGUACUGUUUGCCCUUCUCUUUACUUUCAUCUGAUGAAGAACAGAGCUUGGAGAAUUCGGAGAGAUAGCAAGUAAACAUCACAGGGAUUAGCAUCAUGUGUGGAGUAUUCCUUACAUCUAGUGCAGGACCAAGUUAAGACUGUGAUUAUCAUAAACAAGGCUAGUUUUAAUUUACCAAAGAUCAGUAAACAGAAAUACUGCCAUAUAUUCCAUUUUUGUUAUUGUAUGUGGAUAAGUUGUGAAUCAGAUAUUUCUUUGUGCAUGUAAUUUAUAGUUUCUAUAUUGUUUGAUGAAGUUUAAGUUGUUUUGUAACUUAACCCUAAAUUAAACUCGAUUAUUUGAGGUAAACUCUCUUAAAAAAGAAAUUGCUUGAUAUAUAUAAUUGGAAAAAAAAAAAGAGUAACAAUUUUCAGAUUGUGUGUGUUUUAUCAGCUCUUAUUUAUUUCAGUUAAACAAUUUUUGAUAUUAUACAAUUUGCCAUUAAAAUUGUGAAAUUCUUUUAAAAUAAAUAGCUCAUACAACUUGUAAAUUUCUUGAAGCCCCCCUUUUGUUUUCUUAAUUACCCUUGAAAUCCUGUAAAGAGGAGGUAAGUUGUUAGGAGUAGGAAAACAAAUCUGGUAACAAUAUAGUAAUGACAAUAAAAAUUACACAGAUAGUGUGUUGUUGUUUUGGUUUUUUGUAAAGGUCCUAAAGUCAAGUUAGUGCAACAACCUGAAGCUUCAGAAAGUUUUGCAGAUGCUUUGUUCAUAAAUCUAAGAGCAUAAAUCCAAUAUAUCACUGAUUCCGAAUUUAAAGAAAUCAA